CUGUCUGGCUCUGUGGUAUUUAUCAGUCGUCUGCUCCACUGGAGACCAUGGGAGGCAGAGCCAGGACACCUACCCUCACUGCCCUUGUCUGCCUCGGGCUGUGUCGGGGCCCAUGGAACCAGGUACAGGUGGGAGCCCUCCCAAAACCCUUCAUCUGGGCUGACCGCUCCAUGGUCACUGCGGGGAGCACUGUGACCAUCGGGUGUCAGGGAUCUGUGCAGGCUGAUGUCUACCAUCUGUAUAAAGACAGAGGCUCUAAACCCUUCGAUACAAAGGCCCCACAGGACUCCAGCAACAAGGCCAAUUUCUCCAUUGACUCUGUGAGCUCACACAAUGCAGGGCUAUUUCAGUGUGCAUAUCACACACGCAGCAAGGGCUCGUCAGAGCACAGUGACCCCCUGCCCCUGGUGGUGACAGGAGUGCUCAAUGCACCCUCCCUCUCAGCCCACCCAGGCCCUGUGGUGGUGUCAGGAAUGAAUGUGUCCCUCUCCUGUAGCUCACAGUUCACAAGGGGCAUGUUCCAUCUGCUGAAGGAGGCAGGAGCUGACCUGUCAAGACACAUGGAAUCAAGGAUCUAUCAAUGGAGGUGGCGGGCUGUCUUCCUUGUGGGCCCCGUGAACACCUCCCAUGGAGGGACCUACAGGUGCUAUGGUUCUCACAGCUCCUACCCCUAUGUGUGGUCACACCCCAGCGACCCUCUGCAUCUCGAGGUCACAGGUGUGUACAGGGAGCCCUCCCUCUCAGCCCAGCCGGGCUUCCUGGUGCUGUCUGGAGACAACCUGACCCUCCAGUGUCACUCAGAGGCCGGCUUUGACAGAUUUGCUCUAACCAAGGACGAGGGGCUCACACACCCCCAGCGUCUUCAGGGUCAGCACAGCCCUGACUUCCCCCUGGGCCAUGUGAACUACACCCACGGGGGCCAGUACAGAUGCUACAGUGGACACAACCUCUCCUAUGCAUGGUCAGCCCCCAGUGCCCCCCUGGACAUCCUGAUUGCGGGAAUGUACGAGAAACCCUCCCUCUCAGCCCAGCCGGGGCCCUCAGUGUCCUGGGGAGAGUACAUGACCCUGCAGUGUUGCUCUGAGAUCCACUUGGAUACCUUCCAUCUGUCCAAGGAGGGGUCACUUGAUCCUCCCCAGCACCUUCAUCUGCAGGACAUGCCUGCACCAUUUCAGGCCAACUUCACCAUCAGUCCCGUGAUCUCAGACCACGAGGGGACCUACAGGUGCUAUGGUUCAGACAGCACCUACCCCUACUUGUUGUCACUCCCCAGUGACCCCUUGGAGCUCCUGGUCUCAGGCUCACAUCCUCAAGACUACACAGUGGAGAAUCUCAUCCGGAUGGGGGUGGCUGCCGUAAUCCUGGUGGUCCUCGGGAUUCUGCUCUUUCAGGCUCGGCACAGCCUGAGAAGACCCCAGGAUGCAGCCAGGAGGUAGACACAAAAGAGAACAAGGCACUGUUCAGAGAGGUAGAGGCUUGUAAAUAAAUCUUGUGUGCCCAGGAGGUUCUGGAAGAACAUCCGGGGCAUAUGUAGUGUGAACUGUCUACAGGUCAUUGCAAGGUGGAGGAAUCAUUGUCCAUGUGCAGAGACAAUGUUUGGACUCUUCUGCCAAUAAACUGUGGAACAU